AUGGAUCGGGUGCAAGUGAUCCAGUUCAGAGCAGCUCUCAAGGAGUUGGAGAAUCUAGAGGCUCUCCGGAAUUCAUCUGUAUUAAGCCUUCACCUCCCAUUGUCUUCCUCCCUGAUACUCGUAAAAAAUAGAGUCAAGGAUGAACAAAGCCGCGCGGCCAACAUAAAAUCCAUUUCCAACCGCUCUUCAGUGCAAGAAGCACUGAAGAGUGCUGUGGAUAUGUUAUCCGCCAUCAAUAUCAUGCCACCCCAUGGGCUUUCAGUGUUUUAUGGCCAAUCUGUUCUCAACAGAGCAACCGGCGAGGUGAGUCGCCUUCGCCGGACGUUAACACCUCCUCAACCAGUCCAAGACUUUAAAUACGAUGUCAGCAAGACAUUCUCCACACACUCACUGCACCAACUACUCGUCUCCCAAGAGGGAGGCAUUGGCUACAUCAUCCUCGAUGGUUCAGCGGUUGCCCUUGGAACGCUCUCUGAAAAUGGACUAAAAGUCCACCACCAUGAGAACGUGGACAUUCCAAAAAAGCACGGGAGAGGUGGCCAGUCUGCUCCCAGGUUCCAGCGCAUCCGCCUGGAAAAAAGGCAAUUGCUGGUGAAGAAAGUAAUUGCGCUCAGCGAAUAG